AUGCCGACGGCACGAACUUCUCACGUUAACGAUUUUGGAACUUCCAUCCAAAAGAUUAUUUCAGAUGUUGGCACAAUUUCUGAAAGAGUAGAGCGUGGGUUAAGCGUUGUGGAGGGUUUUGCAGCAAAAACUCAGGACAUUUUGGAUGCAUUUAAUGGUCUUCACGAAAAGAUUAAUAAUAUGUCUAGUAGGGUUGAUGGGCUGGCUGAGAUGCUAGACGAGGUCGUGAAAUGUGAACGGCUUGCCAUGGAGAAAUUUGGGAAUUUGGCAAAACGUAUCGAGCGCCCUGUCUCUUCUCGUUCACGGAGCCAGGCAACCUAG